AUGGACAGCGAAGAGCGGAUCGUAGAGAAUGAAGACCUUGCCGAAGAAAUCGAUUCUGUUAAUGCUAUAUACGAUCCGUCUACGAUAGCAUUUACGACUUCAUCUCCGCACCCUGAAUUGGCGAUAAAGCACACGAUAAUACUCACGAUACCCAACCACGAGACAGUCUCGUUUCUGAUAGGAUUUGAUUCCGAGUAUCCAACAACUCCUCCGCGUGUUCUUGGGCCUGCAUCGAGCGGCUCAAGAGGUGAAGGGAAGAAAUAUGCGGAUAUAUUGGCGGACUCUGUUGCAAAAGUAUGGGCGGAGGGAUCAGUCUGUCUUUACGAUUUGAUAAUGGAUGCGGAAGAGCAGUUUCGUGAAAUUAAAUCUACACAGAACGAAGAGAAUGGAAGUACUUCGGAAAACGACGGGCCAUCUACUUCUACGCGUGACGAGAAGGAUACGCACUCGUUUGGGUUGACUGCCCCGCCGCCGUGGGUGAUAUCAGAUCCUAUCACUGAGAAGAAAUCUGUGUUCGUUGCGCGAGCAGCGACAGUAGAAUCCAAGGAGCAGGCGAAGAAAUUCCUCAACCAUCUACUCGCUACAGAAAAGAAAGUCGCAUCUGCAACCCACAAUAUCACUGCAUGGCGUAUUCGACAAGCCCAGCAGCCUUCAAGCGGCCCGCAACCACUGCCAGGCCGUGAGACUGUUGUUCAGGAUUUUGAUGAUGACGGCGAAACGGCUGCUGGCGGGAGACUGCUGCAUCUCAUGCAGUUGAUGGAUGUAUGGGAUGUCGUGGUCGUUGUAACAAGAUGGUACGGCGGAGUGAAACUUGGACCUGAUCGUUUUCGAAUUAUCAACGCUGCUGCUAGAGAUGCGUUGGUCAAAGGAGGGUUCGAAACAAGUCAACCGACCGAGAAAGGGAAGAAGAAGGGGAAAAAAUAA